AUGGAUAUUGUAGUUGUUUGUCUAUUUGCUUUGCUUAGUGCUUCUCGAUAUCCAUGUCUUGCGACAUCAUGCAAAACAAAUUGCACCAAUAAUGAAGAGUGUUGGCGUGAAGCUUUAGCUUAUCGUUCAUCAGAAUUAAUCAAACAAUUAUUUUCAUUUAGUAGUCUUGCCGUUCAUGUCGAUACUUUUCAACGAGAACAUUCCAGUGAACUAAACAAUAGUAUAGCAUUUAUUAACAGAACCCUUGAGAAUUAUUUAUCAGCUGAAUCAACUGCCAAUAAUCUAACUAUGGAUUUAUUUAAAACAGCCAAAAAACUUCUUAUUGACCAUUGUGCCAAUUUAACAGUAAAACCCAUUGAAUCAAUCAAAGAAAUGCCAUCAUUAACAUGUACACCAUCAUCAUGUUUUGGAAAUAAAUUAUCUUUUAAAGUGAUAUUGAUAAUUACCAUACUUAUAACUAGUUUGAUGCUUGUUAUAUGUACUGUUCAAUUCUUUCAAACGUACAAACGAACAAAAGCUUCAAAAUCAGUCUCACCACGUCUCGCAACGUCAAAUUCAACAUCUAUUAAUAACACAACUGUCGCAUCUAAAUCUUCUACAUUUUAA